CAUGUACCAUAUAACUAGUGUAUUUGCCAUAUAAUUUAAAGUUCGUGCAUUUAACGCAGCGGAGAGAUUACACAAAAGAACAUUACUCCAAAAUGUAUACAUACAUGGGAUGCUUUAGAGAUAGUGCAACAAGACUGUUUCCAGUUGGACCAUACACACCAAGAAAUAAUAUAAUGUCCACCAACAUCUGCUUUAACUACUGCAAUUCCAAAAACUAUGAUUAUUUUGCAACAGAGUACGAACACGAAUGUUUUUGUGGCAAUGGGGGAAAACUCGGUUCUGAUAACUAUCCUUUAAAAAUGGAAACAGAUUGCAACAAGAAAUGCAAAGGGCAUGAAACACAAACAUGUGGUGGCACUUGGAGAGUUUCUGUAUAUAAAAUAAAUAAAAAUGGUCAAACGGUUUUGACGACAACUCAUACACCAACAAGUCAGAAACAAAGAACAUCUGAUAUAGGUCAUCAGUUAUCAACAACAAAAUAUACACCGCCAAGUCCGAAAACAAGUAAUUCUGACAUAGGCAUUGGUAUAGGAAUGACCAUUGUAUUGCUCUUAAUUAUAGUUGCAGUUAUCAGUUGUUUGUUCUGGAAAAGAAGAAAACAAAAGGCUCAUACAAAAGAAUCAUCAAUGAGUGAUCAUGAGUACGAUAGAAAUCAGAAUAUAACAACCUCAGACAGUUCAUCCAUCGAGUUGAAUGUCUAUGAAAAUGGUCAUACAUACGGAAAUUCAAAUUCGAAUAAUACAACACAAAUUUCAAAUGGAUGCAUCAAACCGCAAACAUGCAAAACGAACGCAAAACACAUGCAUAGUAAACCUGAAACAGACCCCGAGCAUGUGCAUGAUAAACUAGAUAAAAGAUCAAUCCUAAAGAAUAUGUUGCCUUCCCUGUUAUACAACUACUUUAAGUUAGAUAAUGAUAAAUUUGACAAAGUAAACGGAAACCAUAUUGCAGACGUCUCACAAACAGAAGUUGAUUUGACAGCCGCUGGCAGCAAUGGCGCAUAUGCUACACUAGAUUCAACGGCAACAGGCUUCAAAAAAGGUAAACCCGUCUUCCCAAGAAAUAAACAAAACAUUGAUCAAACAAAACUUGAAAAGAAAAAACAUGUGACUAAAGGUGAAGGAGAUUAUUGCUGUGUUGAAGGGGAAUAUAAUAAACUAAACCAAAUCCGGCGAUUUUCGAAUAAUGGCAAUUUAUACAGUCAUGCCGUUGAUGGUGUUUAUGACAUAUCCGGAAUUAAUAACCAGCCAACAGAAAAUACCUACGAUCAUUUCCUUGGAUGUCAAACUGUAAUAGCAGCUGAUUAUGAUAAUGUAAUGAAAUAUUAAGAGGCAAAAUUGAUGUGCAUAUAUGUUUAGAAUAAUUGAUGUAAUUGUAAAUAAAAAUUAUUUCACUUGUUG